AUGAGGCGAAAGGCGCCGGGGGUCCGGGACACCGACGGGGACCGGGACGGAGCCUGCGGCGUGUGGCUGGACACCGCCCUCCUCAAGAGGACGCCCGGACAGGCCGUCCUGUCCAGCGUUGCUGUCACCAGGCGGGUCACCAGGCCGGCGACCGUAGGCCUUCGGAGCGAGGUGCCAGCCCGCAGCCCGCAGGCCAGGGUGCCCACGUCUGCAGGCACCAGGCAGACCGACAUCGCUUCAUUUUUCCGCCUCAAACCCACAGGCCAAACCGUUACUGGAGGGAGCGUGAGAGCAAGACACGGCGCGGAGGGGAAGAAGCCCACUGCUCAGAGUCCUCGCCCUCGCUCGCCAAGCCCCAGGGAGCAGUGGGCACUUCUGCCAGGGGUCCAGGCUGCUGUCUGCUCCCCCUCCCUCCCACAGGAGCCCAAGGUCUCUCCUGCCCCGCUCCAGCCCCCUCCACGCUGCUUCGGGCCUGUGGCUGCCCUUGUCCCUCCCAGGGAGGAGGAGGAGGAGGAGGAGAACUCGCUCGCAGGUGCUUUCACCUGGGAUUCGGAGGGCUGUUGGGUCCUGGCCCCCGGGUGGGCAGAGGCAGGAGGCAGUCCGGACCGCCGGCCCCCCGGCCCCUCCGUCGCCGGGUGCAGCCAGCUGUUCACCGAGGACUCCCAGGGCUGCAGGGUCAUCGCUCACCGCCGGCCUCUUCGCGAGACCACCAACCUGCAGGCGGGCGGCAGCAGCCCCGGCCCGCUUCCCGCCCCCCGGCCCCCGCCGCUCGGGUCCCAGGCCGCGCUCCUCUUCUCCCAGGACUCGCAGGGGAACAGGGUGAUCAAGCACAGGCUGGGCUGGGCCCCUGACUUUCUCUAAUGUAAAUAAAGGUGGGCAGCUGC